UUGAUCUUGUGGUGCAUAGAUGAUGGCGAGUCGUAAAAAGAGCGAUGAUUCGUCUCGGUCCGUGUCGAAAAAUUCGAAGCGUCACGUCGGCGUCACGGCGUUUCUAUCAUCGUCGUCGUCGUCCUCCGAGGAGGAAGAGGUAACGACGACAGGAUGCAGGAGCUGCAGGAACACCUCCAAGGAAUACAUCUCAAAGAAUCGAGACGAACCGGACUCGCAGCCAGAACAAGAGACCUCGAGAGUCCGCACCGAAGAGAAUUCAUUAAGCUUCAAGCAUUUCCUGAAGAACGGCUCGCAGACGAAUUUUCAGAAUUCCGGAGCCCGUCCGAAGGUUUAUUUCUCCCCGUCGUCGACGUCGAACGCGUACCCUGUGGAAAAAGGCCCUGGUCCGUACAACUUGGAAAAGGUUUAUUCUCGUAACCCGACGGAACUUCCGGAUUUCGUGCAAGAUCACUUGGUCAUAGAACAAUACUAUCUGAAUCCCGAGCGUAAGCAACAGGCCGACUCGGAUAUAGAUAAUCUCCCAGACUUCGCAUUGAACAGUGUGAGGAAGACUAGGAUUACAAAGAAAUUAAAGGAGAAAGUUACCGGUUAUUGUGAUCUUUCGACCGAUGGGAAUUGGGACAAAUAUGUAUUACCUCGACAGAAUCAGUCUGUACCAAACACUAGUUGUAACACGCAUUUUUUUGCCGAACCUAGCGUAGGAUCAAGUGAACGUCCAGAAUCGUCAGGGUUUCCUUUAGAUUUACCGAUAUCCGCGAACGAGACUAAUUCCGACGCGAAUGCCGCCGUACGAGACUGCUGUUCCCAUCCAGGGACGAGCGAAGAAGCGAACGUACCGAAAUCUUUACCAGACUUUCUGAACGAUGGUCCUAUUCGUAAUAGGGCAGCAGACUCGGAGAAUGUACAAGAUAUCUCAGAAUCCACAGUGCAAAGAAUACUGUUGGAGAAUGAAAUUUUGCGGCACGGGUUGCAAAUAGCUCACAAUCAGAUCGACGAGAAGAAAGAAAGGAUUCGAUCGCUAGAAGCGGAAUUGGCAUCUCGGAAAGAGAUGGAACACGAGGAAACGGUUCACCUUGAGAAAGCCAUGGAACAAGUAGAAGAUAAUCUGAAACAUAACGCGAGACGAGUGGUGAAUGCGGAAAGUACUAUUUUAUCAUUGAAAAAGGAGAUUAAAUCUUUAACGGUGGAGAUAUCGUUACUUCGAUGGGAGAACGAUCAGCUCAGAGCUACCGCCGCGACGAACACCAGAAACGAUCGCGCCGCUUCUUCGAAUAGCGUGGAUCAGACAGCGAGAAGGCUAGCCGAGGACUUGAGAAACGCGGCCUCGACGGCAGAAGUUUCGUUAAGACAGUUAUUGUCUGGCGUGGACAAUUUAAGAGUACUAGCCUCGGCGGUCGAAAACGUGGAUAGGAUAGAAGACCGGACCAAAGAUUUUCUCCCAGACUUCGACCCGGACAACGCUGCUGCUGGUCCUGCACUUUAAUACAUUUUCAUGUAUUAUGUAUACCCUCUGGUUUUUGUACGCAGUCCUUGGUUUCCACAUUUACGAAAACGUAUUCCACCAGCUAGUGCAAAAUAAGUUCCUGUAACUCGCGCGCGAGACGAGUUUCUAUGGUUUUGGAGUCGAUCGGUGAACCCGAUCGAAUCGGGAGGGUCAUGUUUGUUGUACCUUUACAUGUGUGUUAAUAAUAGCUUCUGACCUUUCACUUGCAUAACGUUUCUCAGUGUAUGUACGACAAUUAUAUGAAAACGUGUCAUCCCCGUUUGGCAAAUCGCGUCUGUUGAGCGUAAUUUUAAUCCUUUGCAACAAACAUGGGCAAAAGUAGCAGCAUGUUCAAAUGCGCAAUCUAAUUAGAUACGGCUCCGAGCAAACGCGACGACUAAAGAUUUUAACUUUUAUACGUACGUUUUAACGUGACGAAUGAUGCCAUGAUUAAGCACUGCAGGUCGGUAACGCGCGAUUCCACCGCAGUUAUUCGAGAAAAAAGAAAGAAAAGGACAACUAUAUUUUGAAUAGUUAUCUCGUGACAGUGUUACGUGUACAGUUUCCAAGUUACAAGUUCCAUUUCUUUAUAAAUGUUGAGAUUUAUCAGCGCCAAGCAAUUGUAGAUUCGAGGCGGGCGCAAGGUCCUUUGCGUAUUUUUCUAUUUAAGGGGGUACAUGACUCUUGAGCGUCGAAAAUACGAUGACGAUAAUUACAAACGAGUCGACGAACGCGCCUCUUUAACCAACAGUGUACAGCGUAUCAAACUUUGUACGAAAGAGAAAGCAAACUUUUUACAAUUGUCUUUAUACUUGACACAAGUACACAACAUUUGAAUUGAAGAAUUCUACAAUUCAAUUUACAUACUUUGAGAACGUAAGAAGGAUCACAUUACAUUCUAACAUUCUAAUAAAGUACUAUUUUAUACAUCCAUAA